AUAAAUAAUCGCAUCCGAGCGAGAGGUCACAUCAUUCUCACCCUCAUCGCGAUAGGAAACGAGAACAGCCAAGCGGUCCUCCAAUAUCUAGGGUUUCGAUUUCUUCUACGCAAAUCCACAUCUAUUCUUGUUUAUAUUCAAAUUCAAUUGGUUUGUGGAAGGUCGAUUCGUGAGUAUACGGUGAUUGCUUGGUUCCAUUUCGAAUUCUGAAUUUGGAAGACUGAAUGAUAUAAUGGAGUCUAAAGGUGGAAAGAAGUCUAGUAGUAGUAGUAAAUCUCAAUUCUACGAAGCUCCCCUUGGAUACAGCAUUGAAGACGUUCGUCCCAACGGUGGAAUCAAGAAAUUCAGAUCUGCUGCAUACUCCAACUGCGCUCGCAAACCAUCCUGAUAUCGCUUAAGUUGGUUUCCCCAUCACGUCAUUUGGCGUGGUGUUAAAUAAUAUUGCUGCUUUAGUUUUAAUCCCUUGUCUCCUUUUCUUCUUCAAUCGACCACUUUUUUGUUUGCUCUCUUUGUGGCUCUAAUCAUUUUGUUCAGUCAACAUGGCCUUGGCAGUCUCUGCAAUUGGAUUUGAGGGUUAUGAAAAGAGGCUUGAAAUUUCCUUUCUUGAGCCCAGCAUAUUUGCUGAUCCUGAAGGAAGGGGCCUUCGUUCUCUUUCCAAAUCUCAGUUGGAUGAAAUACUUGAACCUGCUGAGUGCACUAUUGUUUCUUCACUUUCAAAUGACCUUGUCGACUCUUAUGUUCUGUCUGAGUCGAGCCUCUUUGUUUAUCCUUACAAGUUCAUUAUCAAAACAUGUGGGACGACAAAGUUGCUUCUUUCAAUGACCUAUUCCUCUGGUAUAAGAAAGAUUCUUCCAGAUUCUCAAAUAUGCGAUUUUGAUUUUGAUCCCUGCGGUUAUUCCAUGAAUUCCAUUGAAGGAGCUGCAAUUUCAACCAUUCACGUUACACCGGAGGAUGGUUUCAGUUAUGCAAGCUUUGAAACGGUUGGAUAUGAUCUGAAAGUUGUGAAACUUGACCAUCUGGUGGAGAGAGCAUUGGCAUGUUUUCUUCCAAGUGAAUUCUCUAUAGCUGUGCAUGCUGAUGUUGGGAUGAAGUCACUAGUGGAGCAGACGUGUUUGCUUGGUGUGAAGGGCUACUGCCUCGGAGAUGUGAGCUAUGAAGAGCUUGGAAUGGGUGGUUCAAUUGUGUAUCAGAAGUUUGUCAAGAUUGUUGGCUGUGGAUCUCCUCGAUCUAUUCUGAAGGGUGGUUGGAAAGAGGAAGAUGAAGAAGAAAAGGAGUAGUUUUUCAAGGGUUAUGUUUUAUAUGCUUUCUUUAUCUACAAAAAAAUAAGUGUUCUUAGGAGUAAGCAGUAUUCUCUGCUAUGUUGUCAAUUAUGUGUUUUUUCUAUUUAAAUAAGUUGGAUUUUAUAUUUGAUUUCUUUCCAGUUAUGCUUGUUGCGGUUCGAUGAUCUGUGGUUUUAGUUGACUAUCUGGUAUUUAUAAGAGAAACUUAUUAAUAUGAAUAUGUUUUUUGUGCA